GCAGAGAUUCAUUUAUGCAGCUAACUUUUUGAUAUGGGAGUGAAAUUUUAAUUUUCCAAAGUUAAAGACAGGAGGAGCCCUGACAACGAUUCACGGUUAGUCAGUAUAAAGGCAGCCUAAAAAUAGGAACACGUUGCUUUUCAUGAAAUACAAACUGUUCCAUCUCCCAGCUGUAAUUCACCGCAAACAAAAAGUUAAGGGCAUGGCAAAAGAAAAAUGGAAUUAAAAUAGCCCUGCUGCUAAUCUCUUAACGACUCACCAUGGAGACCCUGAAUUUGUAUUACCUUCUACUAUAUCUGCCUUACCUGAAGCCAGUCUGUUCAGUUACUGAUGCUUGCCAGCAAUGCGACUGCACUGGUGUAAACCUGACUUGUUCCGCUCGGACACCAGGGCUCACAUCACCUGGCUUGGAACUGUCAUUGUCCCAAUUCUCCUUUAAAGUUAUUCCACCUGAGGCAUUCAAGAAUUUCCGCCAAGACAUCGUAAGCAUAGCAAUAUCCCAAAGCGAUUCGCUGGAACGAAUUCACAGUUACGCGUUUACCAAUCUUCCCAAUCUGACAAUAUUAACUAUCCGGAACACAAAAAACCUGAUCCAUAUUGGAUGUGGAGCCUUUGCAUACCUACAAAGCCUAAAAUACUUGAGCAUCUGUAACACAGGGAUACGAAUAUUUCCAGAUGUCACUAAAAUUUUCUCUGUGGAAUUAAAUUUCAUGCUAGAGAUUUAUGAUAAUCUGCAUAUAACGACAAUACCAGCAAAUGCAUUUCAGGAAAUGAGCAAUGAGUCUUUAACACUGAAGCUUUUCAGGAAUGGAUUUGAAGAAAUAGAAAACUAUGCAUUCAAUGGAACCAAACUGGAUCAACUGGAUCUUAAGGACAACAAGAAUCUACAACGUUUUCAUAAUGACGCCUUGAAGGGAGCGACUGGACCAAAUCGUUUAGAGAUAACAGCAACAGCUUUGGAGCAUUUACCCGUCCAUGGGCUGGAAUUUAUCCAGGUCUUAGUGGCAGAGAAAUCCUAUUAUCUGAAGAAGUUACCUGCUCUGGACAAACUUGCCAAUUUGGUGGAGGCUCGGUUAACCUACCCCAGUCACUGCUGUGCAUUCACUAACAUGAGAUCAAAAGAGUUAAAUCCUCCCUUUGCCUAUUUUGGAAACCUAACAAACCAAUGUGAUAAUAUGACACGGAGACAAAUGAAUGACUCAAAUGCUGAAGUGAUUAGGGACUAUGAAAUCUUGUGUCAGCCUAGAACACUUCGAUGCAGUCCAGCGCCUGAUGCCUUUAACCCUUGUGAAGACAUCAUGGGAUAUGACUUCCUCCGCGUGCUGAUCUGGUUUAUUAGUAUACUAGCUAUUGCAGGGAACGCUGUGGUCCUGUUAGUCCUGCUGACGAGUCAUUACAAACUCACUGUCCCUCGCUUCCUAAUGUGCAACCUGUCCUUUGCCGAUUUCUGCAUGGGCAUUUACUUAUUGCUAAUCGCAUCGGUCGACUCCAAGACGAAGAGACAGUAUUACAACCACGCCAUUGACUGGCAAACAGGGAGCGGCUGCAGCGCAGCAGGCUUCUUCACUGUGUUUGCGAGCGAGCUUUCUGUCUACACACUGACUAUUAUCACCCUUGAGCGCUGGCACACAAUAACCUAUGCAAUGCAACUCGACCGAAAGCUCCGGCUGAGGCACGCAAUUCUCAUUAUGCUGGGAGGAUGGAUAUUUUCACUGCUCAUUGCACUUCUGCCUCUUGUCGGAGUUAGCAAUUACAUCAAAGUCAGCAUAUGCCUACCGAUGGACAUCGAAACACCCCUUUCUCAAGCGUAUAUAAUCCUCAUCUUGGUGCUCAAUGUCCUAGCCUUUAUCAUUAUAUGUGCCUGUUACAUUAAAAUCUACAUAGCUGUCCAAAAUCCAGAACUCACGCCAACUAACAAAGAUACAAAAAUAGCCAAAAAGAUGGCCGUGCUCAUCUUCACAGACUUUACGUGCAUGGCGCCCAUAUCAUUCUUCGCCAUUUCAGCCGCCUUCAAAGUUCCGCUCAUCACAGUCACCAAUUCAAAAAUAUUGCUGGUUCUGUUCUACCCUGUGAAUUCUUGCGCAAAUCCAUUUCUGUACGCAAUUUUUACCAAAGCAUUUCGAAGGGAUUUCUUCUUGCUGAUGAGCAAAUUUGGUUGCUGCAAGCUCCAGGCAGAACUUUACAGAGUGAACAACUUUAACACCUAUACCUCCAACUGCAAAACAGACAGCUUGUACACGGGACCAAAAACUAGCACGCGGGCUGAUCUUCAUCUAACCACCUUUGCUUGCCAGUACUUGAGUGUCAACGACAAACCAUCAUGCAUAGACAGUUAAAGCUCCUAGUGUUCAUGCUAGGCUGUAUUAGCAUGAACACUAGGACCGCGCCCUGCCUGAUUUUUAAAGGGCAAAAUGUGCCCUGCUAAAACGGCCUGCUGCCGCCGUUUUAGUGGAUGUGCGCACUGCAUCUAUUCACAUUGAAGGUAGAGCUUUGGGGGAAGCCCGUAGGUGCUGGGCACACCCCAUCAGUGGCGCUGCAGGGUGGUGCACGCCCCAUUAGUGACACUAAGACUGGCACGCCACCAUUAGGUUGAGGGGACUGGCCUGCCCCCAUUAGUGAUGUGGACGGGGCCACGCUCCCUCCCUGGCUGUCCGCUCCCCCUUUCCAGGUGUGCGAGCAUGCUGGCCCCGUCACACCUGCACCCUGCUCUGCAAAAUUCCUUGGGGGAGGGGGCGACGAAGACACACACAUAAGCUCCUACUUGUGAUACUUAUUUAUAAGACAAACAUUUCUCAAAAAGGGAGUCGCUGUAAAUAUGUAAAUCUAUUUAUGUAUGUAUAAGACUAUUUUAAUUGUUAUAAACCUGUAUUUUUGUAUUAAAUCUUUUUAAACGAGCAGACGAGUAUCUGAUGAUGGAUUCUGUGCUGCAACUAAAAGGUCUGCAAAAUAAUAAUUAUAUAUAUAUAUAUAUAAUAUAAAUAAAAAAGCUAUUGUGUUUUAUAAUAUCCUGAUAAACACUGACUUUUAGCUCAAGCAUAAAGUUGUAGAAAACCUAAUACGUAACCACAUACCACAGGAACAAGGCAGCCCGGGGCCACUUUUUAUUCACCGACGCCGAAGUGAUGCCGUCAGAGAAAAGUUACUUUUACUGUAUAUAGCACCCAAUCACUGUGGGGGAGACUUAUCAAACCUUUUAAAGUCUUACAGUAACUUUAUACUUGCUUCAGAAAAGGUAUGAGUCUAUUUCAAUUAAGAUUCCCAUUAGUUUCCCCCCUUCCCAUUUUGAGAUAAGGUAAAAUAGAUAUUCCAAAUGUAAUUCUUUUCUUUGCUGUUGGUUUUCUGCUUUAUAUGUAAUUUAGAUAUAUCACUGUUUUGCCUUGUCACAAUUCUUAGUUCUGUGUUAUAUAACUUUAUCUGAUUUCUAUUACGUGAGUUAUAUUGAAAUGUCUCAAUAAACCACAGGUUCUCAAACUCUGACCCUCCACCCCCAGUGCAUGUUUUCCAGGUCACCUGUGGAUUUAAAAAAUGUGACAGUUGGUGAUACACAGGGCACUUGCCGGGUAUCCUGGAAAACGUGACCUGUGUGGGGUCCCGAGGACCAAGUUUGAGAACCACUGCAAUAAACUAUUAAAAAAAAUA